UUGACGACAACAAAAUAAAUAGUUGACAUGGUUCGAUUGAAACCAUCUGAUCUGACUUCCUAAACAAACCUGUUUACGACAUAUACGUCGAAGCUGACACAACAGGAGCCCAAUUACAGGCAUGACAGGCAUAUUCUCAUCAACAUUGUUUCGAUUUGCUGCUCUCACAGUGGCUGUCGGCUACGGUUUGAGUUCGUGUUGGAGGCGCACAGACGAGAAGAGAAUGAAGGAUGAACUGGAUUUGUGGCUUAAAGAAAAACAGCUGGACACUUUCUCAUCUGCUUUGGCAUCGGCAGGUGUAGAGAGUAUCUACGAGGCCGCAUCGUUUACACCCGACCAACCCAAGUGGAAACAUCAAUUCUCUGAUGACCGACACCGUAGCCUGAAAGAGGCCCUCAUUGAGUUGAGAGAAGAAAUGAGAUUGGAACAUUGGUUGUCUAGGCAUGGCAUGGCUUCUUACUUUGAUAGAAUGAGAAAGGAAGACAUCAGAAGCCUUGUUGGUCUGAGUAGGAUUUCAGAAGAAACCCUUCAGAAGAUCACACGCACUGACUCGACGUUACAUGAUUACAUUGGACUCAAGUCCCAUAUUGCAAGCCUUGUGAAAGAGCUGUCUGAGGGGCGUGGCGUUGGGGCUUCUGAUGACGAGCUGUUAUCCUACUUACAGAAAAAGAUGACAUACAGUCUGCGAGAUUAUGUGAGUAUGAUAAUCCUGACCUCGUCUGUAUCUCUAACCGUCAUGCUACUGGGAACAAAUCGCACGUGGUUUCAACAACGGACUCUCACGUCUCCAAAGGUCGCCAUCUUUGACUUCUUCACCGGACGCUACCCUGCCCCGCAGUAUUGCACAGUGAACUGGGAAUGGAAGGAGCCUCAGGUUGUUGGAAAGACCGUUGCCUUCAAUAUACGGUUUUUCCAGAAGAAUGGCAAGCCAUAUCCUGUGUCGAAUGCAGAUGGCAUCUUGGUGGAAAUCAUGCAUGCAGGGGUCAAGGUCGCCACCUCGAUGGAUUAUGGCAGCGUGGAACCCAUCAAUGCCAACCUUGCAAAAGUUUCGUUCACCGUCCACAAAUCGGGAGAGUACAAGAUAUCAGUUAUGAUUGGUGCUAAACAUAUCAAAGGCAGUCCCUUUACAAAAAUCUUCGAAGCAGGUCCUAUAGAUGCAAGUCAGACCGGUUUCAUGAACUACAGCUCCACCGUUGUGUGCACAGCCGGCUCCUCCCAUCCACUCACCAUAGAAACCAAAGACUCUUUCGGCAACCUGGCUGCAUACAAGACUGACCAGAAUAACUACUUCAAGAUUCGUGUCCGAGAGGCUGGAAGCCAUGUCAAGUAUGUUCCAGCAACCCAGAUAAUAUACGACCCCAAUGAGAAGCGACUUACUAUGCACAUUACAAUGGAGAAAGCUGGUUGUUACCAAGCAACAGUGUCAUAUGGAGAUGUCAAGUUAAAAAAUGGAGAAUUCAAUAUUUUAGUUUUAAAUUAUGAGGAGACAACCCAUGUACACAAAAACCUGGCAAAGAAGAGUCACAACAUGUGGUACGAAGCUCGGCUCAUAUCCUGCAACCACGAGAAGCUAGACAAGGCUAAAAAGGUCUAUGUCUAUAUUUCACCAAAGCAAUUAACACUUAAGGAGUUUUAUUUGAAAAUCAUAGGGAAAAAGCUCUACGCCUUCAGGGUCUGCCCAUCAACUAAGUUCCACUUCAAUGGUUUCAAUAACCAGUAUGAGGCACCUGUGUUUACCAUAGACGAUGGUGCUCAGCCUCCCAUCGUCCUGGUGGCCAAGGACAGGAACAUCAUCGCAGCAACAUUCACUAACUAUCUCCUGAAAAAUAUAGGUGGAUCAGAGACGUUUCUGGACAAGCAGACGUUCUUUAAUCACGAGGUUCGACAACUGCACAAUAAGCGUGUUCAUGCGUGUCUCCCUAUCAAGAUAGACAGGUCAAGACUCCUACAUAGUUCAUACAAGGCAACAAAACAUUUCGAUUUGAGUGACUGGUGUAAGCGGUUUGAAAUAAACUUCAUUGGUGAAGAGGGCCUGGACUGGGGUGGAUUGCGGAGGGAAUGGUUUGAGCUUCUGUGCACAGAACUGUUUGACCCGAGUGGUGCCGGUCUCUUCACAAGGUUCACAGAUGACAGUCAGGGGCUUGUACAUCCCAACCAUAAGAGGCAAACAGAUCGGAAGCUCAAGUACUAUGAGUUUGCUGGGAAGGUGGUGGGCAAGUGCCUUUAUGAGUCAUCGCUAGGUCGACCUUACAGACAGCUGGUGAAGGCCAGGUUCUCACGCUCAUUUCUGGCUCAGCUCAUUGGCCUCAGGGUCAACUACAAGUACUUUGAAACAGACGACCCUGAGUUGUUCAAGACGAAGAUCCAGUACAUUGAGGAGCAUGAUAUUAAUGACAUGGACCUCACCUUCUGUGAGGAGGAGUACUCAUCAACAGGCCAGCUGGUCAAGACAGUGGACCUGGUAACUAAUGGCAGCCGUGUUAAGGUGACGAACAAGAACAAACUUCGGUAUCUUGAUCUGCUUGCUCAGUUCCGACUGACCGGGGCAGUCAAGGAAGCGGUGGAUGCAUUCCUGAAGGGGCUCAAUGAGCUUAUCCCUGACAACUUGCUCAGCAUCUUUGAUGAAAACGAACUUGAGUUGCUGAUGUGUGGUACAGGCAACUACAGUGUUGCUGACUUCAAACUACGUCAUACUGUUGUGGGUGUGAGUGCAGCAUUCACCAAGGUACUGGAGUGGUUCUGGACAAUCGUUGCAAGCUUCACCGAGGAACAGAUGGCGAGGCUGUUACAAUUCACAACCGGCUGUUCCCAGCUGCCUGCUGGAGGUUUUGGUGAACUCAACCCCAAUAUCCAGCUGAGCUCAUCUCCAACCUACAAUACACUUCCAACAGCGCACACAUGUUUCAACCAACUGUGUUUGCCUGAUUACGACAGUAUUGAAAACUUCCACCGAUCGCUGCUCCUAGCCAUCAAUGAAGGCAAUCAAGGAUUUGGGAUGGUGUAGCUCAGGGUGUAUGUCAUGUGUAAGGCUGUGAACAUGAUCCACUAGGUGUUACAGGGUGCCAGUGAAGGGAGACUGUCUUACCUAAUCAUAGACUCUUUCCACCGAUCUCUCCUGAUAAACACUGGAUAGACAAUGGACAAAUGUGUUAAUGUUUAUAGAAAGAGAGUGAUAAAUGUUUCCCAACUACUACACCAUUUCCACUCUACAGCCUUUCUUAGAAGGACUUGGAUGUGAGGGAUAUUACUGUCAUCUUCACGACCAUCGUCAUUGAUGUCAUCACUAUCAUCAUUAUCAUCAUCAUUAUCUUCAUCAUUAGACUGUGACAGUAGAACAACCCCAGAUCUGCCCUUAGUGAAGAACAAGGGGACAGAUGAUAAGAAGUAUACUUUCUAGGGGUGUUUAAACGGAUAUGGCAGUCACUGACAUAAGAGAUCUGACAUCAAUGAUCUCUCCUCAUGAACAGGGACAGGAUUCUGAAUGGGAAAGGAUACACCCAUGCAACUGUGGCAUCUUCAGACCAGGAACAGGACUUCUGAAUGGGAAAGGAUACAUUCUCGCAACCAUAGGGUCUACUGAGCAGGAACAGGAAUUCUGAAUGGAAAAUGAAAUACUCCUGCAGCUGUAGUAUCUCCUGACCAGGAACAGGACUUCUGAAUGGGAAAUGGGAAAGGGGAUACACUCUUGCAACCAUAGGUUCUCCUUGUGAGCAGGAACAGGACUCCUGAAUGGGGAAGGGGAUACACUCUUGCAACCAUAGAUUCUCCUUGUGAGCAGGAACAGGACUCCUGAAUGGGGAAGGGGAUAUACUCUUGCAACCAUAGGUUCUCCUUGUGAGCAGGAACAGGAAUUUUAAAUGGGAAAGGAUCCACUUCUGCUACUGUAGGGUCUCCUUCUGUGAUCAUAAUGAAACUUCUAAUGUCAUCAAGAAAGUAGAUAACAUCAUGUUUUUCUGGUGUCAGGAAAGAUAUGGAUGUGCAUUGGGAAAGGAAGAAUGGUUUUUUUCAACAGACGUUGGUACGGUGAUUCAGAUCAAUAUUACAUGUAUUUAUUGUCUUCUGGCUCUGGUGACAAGCAAGACAUGAAGAGGACCCUCUCUCUGUCUUUGAGGAGCCAAAUAAGGAGUUCCAUCAGUGACAUCUUUAGCAGAGAAUAGUGUGGGUUCAAGAUGUUGAGGACAUAGCUGUGUUCGUGAGGACUAAGAGCACUGAAGGGGUGCAACAGAUACACUAACUGGUCUGUAAAACAGAAAUCAGGAUCGCUUACCUUCCAGUGUGAUGGGGAUUCAUAAUGAGUCAGUUGCUUUAGGAAUAGUGUUAGUAUAGCCCUAAAUCAAUGACAAGACACACAACAGAUCCACUCAUUGCUCUGUACAAUAGAGACGUACCAGGAUUUCAUUUAUCAAUGGUAUGGGGGACAUAAGUUUUGAGCCAGACCUGUACUGUUACCAUUACUGGAAGGAUGGUGAAUGCAUGUCAGGUCUUCUCAUUCUCUGUACUCUACUCUGUAGAAGUAAUAGGAAACCUGGUACUUAAAUAUAUUCAAAGCAAAUCUAACUGUUGUGGAAGGCAGACAUUAGCAGGCUAUUUGUCAUAUCCUUCAAUAAGUUCAAUCUUCAAAGAAUAGUUGAAACAAAAUUUGGGGAAGUAGCAUUACCAUCAUCACCAUCAGCUCUGAGUCUCUGAUACCACAGGGGGCAAGGUGGCCCAGUCAUCUAUGGCACCACAAUACCACUGAAAUACUGUUUACUGCAGUGUUAAACCCAUCUCACUCACCCACUCUCAUGUAGUGGAACUACAUGUUCACUCAUAGGAGUUAUGUGGAGUUGUAGUCUAUGUAUGGGUUUUUCUAUGAAGAGCAGUUUCACCAACUGUUAUGGCUGUGAUGCUUCUAAAGAUCAUCUUCUCUGUCAUGACCUUUUAAUGUCAAUGAACAGUGUCUUUAGUUUUGUCCAUUCCUUUACAGACAACCAGCAACAGUAAGAAACUCAUCUGUUAAAUGCAGGACAAUGAUGAUGAAGUUUCCACUCAAUUUAGAUAAGUUUCCACUCAAUUUAGAUAAAACUACAUUUGUUAAACUGUUAUAAGAGUCAAAUCUUUCCUGUAAAACUUUACUUUUGUGAAAGCAACAUUCUGUUUUAGGUCUAUGUGUUUAGAAAUAUCUUUUUCCUUUCAAAGAGGAGCAUCAUUUGCAAUUGAUUUUUAUAUAUAAUAUAUUUGAUUUGUUUAUCAUUUUGUUACUUAUUAAUGAUUUCUUGAAACACUCAUUGUUGAUCAUGAAAUACAUUACUGGUAUUUCCACAUGAAAGCAUUAAGCUCCAUAUUUAGUAAUUAUCACAUGUGAUCUCCAAAGAAUACCUCAAUAUGGUUGUGUAGCAAUGUGAAACUACAAGAUGCUGACUUAGAUCAGCAGGAAGCAAUAUCAGACAUCCUACAUAUUAUAGUGAUGUAAUCAAAAGCCAAUCAUUAUCAUCAACACAUAAUCAUAACCUGCCCUUUCGAUCAAAUCCAGAGACCAGAUGUAAUUUCUUUUUCAAAACCACAGUGAAUUCCUAUAUCGUGUAUGAUGGUGAUAAAGUAUAUCAUUGAUGAGUGUUUUGAGAGAUGCUUUCUGAACAUCUGUGACCCUUCUGUUAAAGGUGGUUCAUCUCAGCCAUAUUUGGCUGGUAUUGCCUUAUUAACUUAAAAAAAACUGUUGCAACUGAUUGGAUGAGACAGGGCACAGGCACCCCUCUGUGGAAUUGAGCCAUUGUGUAGUUUAUCAACUUAGUGUGUUUUAUAUAUUUGACAUUUCUGAGAUUUGCUGAAAAUGGGUUACUGUUUUAUUUAGUUAUCAUAACAGACGAAACUCAUUUCACUGACUACUUGUGUUAUGGACUUACAAAUAAGGGUUAUAGUCAUGGAUUAGAUUUGCUUGAAUGAAAACAUGGAAUCAUGAGAUUUGAUGUUGGGCUGUACAGUAUAGUGUGCAGCAUUCUGUAGUGCGAAAGAAAUGUCUGAAUACAUGAUAAGUCCAUCCCUUUGUAACAUAUUCUUUACAACUGUAUAUAUAUAUGUACAGUCAACAAGUGUUAGAAUUGUAUUCUUCAGUGACACAUACUUGAAAUGCUGGUAAAACUUGUGGAGUUCAAUUCUGUAAAUUUAUGUAUGCUAAAUGCACUAAGACUUUGAAUAUUACACAUACUUUAUGCAGUGAAUCUAUGUAUACCACCACAUGCAGUAAAUCUAUGUAUACCACAUGCAGUAAAUCUGUGUAUACCACAUGCAGUAAAUCUAUGUAUACCACAUGCGGUAAAUCUAUGUAUACCACAUGCAGUAAAUCUAUGUAUACCACAUGCAGUAAAUCUAUGUAUACCACAGGCAGUAAAUCUAUGUAUACCACAUGCAGUAAAUCUAUGUACAGGUAUACCACAGGCAGUAAAUCUAUGAAUACUACUCAUAAAUUUUUAUGCAGUAAAUCUAUGAACACCACAUCAAUACUAUACAUAUUUCAUGCAGUAAAUUUAUGUAUAUCCCAUGCUUGUAUAGCUUAUUGAGUUCUGUAUGCUAUUUCAGAGACCUUAAACUGUGCAACCUUGUAUGACAGGUAUAACUGAUCCCUGUAUAUGUACAGUCCACCACUGAAUUCCUUCGAAUGCCACAUACAGUAAAUCUAUGAAUACUAAACAUGUUUCAUGCAGUAAAUCUAUGUAUACCACAUACAGUAAAUGUAUGAAUACCACAUGCAGUAAAUCUAGGAUGUGCUUGACAUUCAUCAUGCAGUAAAUCUAUGUAUACCACAUGCAGUAAAUGUAUGAAUACUAUACAUACUUCAUGCAGUAAAUCUAUGUAUACCACUUGCAGUAACUGUAUGAAUACCACAGGCAGUAAAUCUAUGAAUACCACAUGCAGUAAAUCUAGGAAUACUACACAUACAUCAUGCAGUAAAUCUAUGUAUACCACGUUCAGUAAAUCUGUGAAUAUUAUACAUACUUCAUGCAGUAAAUCUAUGUAUACCACAUGCAGUAAAUAUAUGAAUACCACAUGCAGUAAAUCUAUGUAUACCCUGUGCAGUAAAUCUAUGAAUGCUAUACAUACUUCAUGCAGUAAAUCUAUGUAUACCACAUGCAGUAAAUAUAUGAAUACUAUACAUACUUCAUGCAGUAAAUCUAUGUAUACCACAUGCGAAUAUAUGCGAGUGGUGAAUGACUUCAACAAAUCCUUCAUGCAGUAAAUCUAUGAAUACUACACAUGCAUCAUGCAUUACACCUAGUAUAUAUAGUAUAAACGUAGAUAUGGCACAAACUGUGGACAUGUACUAGGAUAGUUAUAACACUCAUAAUGUGACAGCAUUAUCAUUCAUGGUGUAGUAAAAUAUAUCUCAGAUAUACAAACCGCUACAAACAGUAAUGAUGGAAUGGACUCGUGGAGGAAAUCAUAGCCUUUAUUUUUUGAAAACCACAUUGUUUAGAGAUGGAUAAGAAAGGUAAUCUUCGCCUUUCAGAUUUUCCCAAUCAGUAACUCACAGCUUCCAGCAAUACUGUGUUGUUUGUUAAUUUGUGUAUGUUUUACUACAUGUGACAUGUAUAUAUUUAUAUACAUUAUUACCAUGUAGAUAUUUGCUCAGAAAAAAAACAUUUACCUCUGUAUUUUAUACACGAAUAACAUUUGUUUAUGUUUUGUCUUUUAUCUCUGACGGAUACGUUGAUGUAAAGCUAGGAACAGGGUCUUUGUUGAACAUGUCCAAGUAUACCGGCAUUCCACAGUUGAUGUUAUGUGGAAAUCAUCGGUACACACACAUGGGAAACCUUGCCGGGAAUUAUGGGUUUGAUAUAACGUGUAUGCAUUAGCUGGAGCUUGUAUGGCUUCCUGUUGUGAAAAUAUUCUUCAGUUAGUCGAUCUACACAGUUAAGCAGUAUUUUUAUAUGACAGUCAGUGUAUUUGCUUUGAAGUCUGAUUAGUUUAUAUUUUGUGAAAUUCUGAGCAACUGUUAUUUGUACUGAAAUUUUAAUCUUAAUAGCAUUCAUCAUUUUGAGUUUCUUCAUUUUGGUCAGGUUGGAGUGACUUUUGUGUAGACAUUGAUGCUUUUGUUGUGAAUGUUUUAACUGUUUUGUUGCAGAAAUCAAAGAUAUCUCAUUGAUACUCUAAACAUGCUGAAAGGAUAGGUUAUCAAACUUGUUCUAUAUCACAAGUAAAUUUCAAACAUUAUAUCUGACACUUUCAAUGUUGUAAAAAUCAAAAUAUAUUUCUCAGUAUUGGAUUCUAUUUUAUUCAGGUAUACACUAUCCCACCUAAUGCUUGAUAUAAAUACUAACACUCAUAAAUCUGAGAUAUAAAUGUAAAAGAACAUGGUAAAGUUCCUUUGCAAAAAGCCAUUCUGUUUCUGAAUAAUAAAGUGAUAAUGUCUGUGCCUUAGGCACACUGUUUUAUGAUUAACAAAGAUUGUCCACGUGCCCCAAUGUUCAGAAAGCCACUACUUGAGAAGCAGUUGUUGUCCUAUUACUUAAGGCGUAAAAAAAUAAAAGAAUUUGUUCUCAGGCAAUGGCUUUUGAAAAUAUAGAGUGGUUGGGCGUUUUUGGGUUGUUUUUUUGUUAUUCAAACUGGUAUGUAACCAAAUAAACAGUUGUGUACCAUCAACCUGGGAAAAGGCACCCUACAUAAAAGUAUUCCUUAAUGAGUAAAAUACUGGACGACCAUUGGACUACCAUUGGACCACCAGUGUGUGCAUAAUACAUGCAUACAAUGAGCUUUGAUUUUAUCUCACAACGCGGAGAUGUUUUUUUUGGAAAUGGAAAUAAAAACGAAACAUGUGUCAGACUUAAUGAUGAUGCGGGUGGUGCCUGAGAACCAAGACUAUUUUUUUUUAGCCUGAUUGCUAACAUUAUAUUUCUUAAAUUGUCCCCCAGAAUACACUGUAAUUUUACUUGCUUCUUGCAAUGAGUCAUUUCACAUGUCAGUAUAUGCCUCCCAGAAUCACAGAUACUUGUUGGACAUAAUAUUUUCCUACCUGUUCAUCGAUUAGUAUAUUUCAUCACCUGAUUUUCACAUACGAUGAAAUGAUGGUUACAUUUCAAAUGUACAAAUUCAAUAAAGUGAAUGAUCUCAUUGCACUGUCAUUAACUGACCAAUACUCCACUAAGUUAUAUGUAUGUCCCUUGAUUGUCCUUCACUCUAGUAUCUGUCAUAACCUGUGUAACUAGAUCCAAUCAUGUCUUAAUUAAUUUAUUUAUGCUUCUGUGUCCUGUGACUUUGAAUCAACUGACCUGUUUGAGUUGGUGUGUUAGUUACAAUGUAUUGUGACACUAUCGACCACUGGUAUGCAUUCAUGGCUGCCAUGGUAUUGCUGUAAUAGUGCAUGCACCUAUAUGAUGUAACGUAUGCAUUGAUGUCAUGAUUCAUUGACUCCUUUAUGCAGAAACCUUGAUCAUUAGGUUGAUGGAAGAUCUAUCAUGUGUUUUUUUGUUUUUUGUUUGUUUUGUUGUUUAAUGCCGCACUCAGCAAUAUUCCAGCUAUAUGAUGGCGGACUGUAAAUAAUCGAGUUGAGACCAGACAGUCCAGUGAUUGACGUCAUGAGCAUCGAUCCAUGCAAUUGGGAUAUGAUAGAUCUAUCAUGAAGAAGCUAUAUAUGAGUCACUACCAUAAAGCUGAGCUACUUUCCCUGAGCUGUUUCAAACAAUUUUCAUUUGGUUUUCAGCACAAUUUAUCAUUUUGUUGAUAGAGUUUAUAAAGAAGGAGCAAGUUCUCCUGACUAUUUGGAGAGUACUGAUCAAUGUAUCUUCUAUGUUGUUUCAUAUCAAAUAUCAUUUUUGAAAUAUUCUUUCUGGUGUCUUUAGUAUUUUAGUCCUUGAUAUCCCUCCUUCAACCAGGCAAGAGCAUUCAUUACAUCCAAAGCAUUAUGAAUUUGUAAAUGAAUUGUCAGUCUAGGACAUGUGUGAAUAUGAGUAGGUGUUGUUCAACUCAUAUCAUGUACAAACUAUAGCUGUCUGUGAUAAGUAUUUUAAUUUAUAUGUUGAAGAAAACUUUUAUGAUCAGAUGCAUCUCUGUAUGUAUGUAGUAUUCCACUUGUUUUUCAAUGUUCUAAAGUGAGGGUUGUUGGCUACGAGUUCACUGACACAGUAUCAGAUGAAGUGAAACUGUUGAGUGUGCAUCGUGCAUCAUUCAUGGUGAUGUCAAACUUCAGCUGUUAUUUAUCACUAAUCAUGAUAAGGGCACAGCAAAAGUCACUGGUGAGUGUGUGUGUGUCAGGUGUUAUACACUUAUUAUAGUCCUGAUGUUGUAUAGAGUGUAUUGUAGUGAGUUCAUUUUCAAGAUUUGAUUGUACUCCAACUAAAACACACUUUAUGCAACAACCGGGUUUAGUUGUACUGGACCUGCAAUACACUUUAUUGAAGGGUGCCACUCAAGCUGGGCACCUGGAGAUUUACAGAUGCCAUGGCAGUUCAUGUUCCUUCAGCAAUGUUGAGUGGAAGUUGAAAGUGCCAUUUGCUUGAACUAGUAAUUUUAUACAGAUAUCUGGUAUUAGUGAUACUCAAGCAUUACCUGUACUCUGAGACAGAUAGAGGACUCCAUUUCAAAGUUGAUAGUUGUGCGAACAGCAGGGCUAGGCUUCAGUUCGCCCUUUGUUCUUGCAACUGUAUGUAUAUCCUGAUAAAGUACUGUCUAAUGCUAAAUCUAUUACAAGGAGAUGGACAGUGUUGUACUGAUCUCCAUAAUGGUACUAAAACUGUCUACAAAAAUGCAUUCUGUGUAGAACUUUAGUGUUCUAGGAGUCAUUUGUCAAACUAGCAGUCAGAAACAUACCAUCAGUUUCAGAAUGUAAAUCUGUUUGAAUAAAGAUAAAAUCACAAGUAAACUUUUCAUUCUCAAGCAUUCUGUUUAUACUGAUGGAAAGAAAAAGAGAACAAAUUUACAUGCAGGUGAGAUGUGUUUACUUUUAUGGUCAAUGAAAAUGCUUCAUAGCAACAAACUAAGCCUCAAGUCAUUGAAGGGCAUUUAGAAGUGAUACACAUAAGAGAGAGACUUUAUGUCAACUUCAUUAUUAUGAGAAACACAACAUUGUUAUUGAAUUAUUACUGCUUAUAACAACAUAUCAAGCAUAUAUACAGCUCUUCACUUGGUUGUAGUCACUCCAGCUUGAUAACAGUGUAAGAAUCUAUAUCAAACCUUCGCUACAUUCUAUUAACCAGAAGUUGUUGCCCAUGAAGUUGUACGUUUUCCUUUUUACUCACCAACUUCUAGAAAGCUAAUCAAACAGAGGAACACAACGUUUCGUAGUAUAUGCUUACUCCUUCAUCCUUCAUGAAGGACAAACAAACACUCCAAGAUGUUGGGUGUCUCAUAAUAAAGAAGUUGACAUCCAAAGAUUCUCUCUCUUUAACUCAGUCUCAUAGUGUAUAAAGGACACAGCAGGUAGCUCCUGGUGUGGGUAGAAGAUGAGGCCAUCUCUUAGCCAAUGUUCUCUAUUGUAUGUUAUGUUGAUGCAUCUGAAAAUGUUUUUCUUAUGUUAUAUAUAUUUAUUCAGUACUUUUUGUUUAUUUUAAUUAUGCUUUCUGAUAUUCAAGAGAUUUAAUAUAUUCCAUAUUUUAUGCUUAUAUAAGUCACUUUAUGUUUUGCCAGUUUAUACAUUUCCAUCCGUAGUCAGUUAUGAAUAUUCUUCUACAUAUUUAAUGUGACAAUGUUUCAAAGCAUGCAUGGCACAUAGUGCCAUUGGACAAAUGUCAAAUCCUAGGAAAUUAUUCAAAAUAUUCCGGUGGCACAGGUGGCCUGGUCGUCUGAGGCACUGCAAUUCACUGUGCAGAGUUGUGGUCCUUUUACACUCCAGAAAACCUAGUUCAUGGGUUCAAAUCCUUGUUCAAGUCGUUUAUGUUUCUAGGUUUGUCAGCAGAAUACCUGUGCUGGUAGGUUUCACCAAAGUGGUAAACGUCUGAGACCUGCAUCAGUUUGGGCUUUCCUCCACAGUAAGCUGACACAACAUGAUGUAACUGGAUUAAACCCAACUCACUCACUCUAAAUUUUCCAUGAAUAUGGUAUUAUUGUCCAUGAUUUGAUAGUAUGAUAUCCUGUGAUGUACCAUGAAAAGCAUUGGGAAGUUUGAUACUUUAGGUUUCUCAAAUGUCUCAGAUUACUCAACCUGUGUCCUUAUGAAAUAUGUCAAGUUUUCUAUUUCUUUGUCCUUUAUCAAGAGAUCUAUAGCAUAUCUGGAUUUGUAGGCAUAAAAUGAUUAUCUUUUUAAAGAUUACAAACAAGUAAUAAAAAACGGUGACGAUUUUUGUCCAUUUGUUUUCAUGAAGUUAUAGACUGGAGUUGUAUUGAGGGUAAAGUUGUUGAGCACUGUUUACCAGCAGUGAUGAGCAUCACAAUCAUGUCAACUCUCUUUUUACAUACAGAAUCAAUACAUCUGUGGUAUUUUCAUGUCAAUAAAAUGUCUCAGUUCAUAAA